UAGACGCUCUUUAGAGGCGGAGCUGCUGCAAGGAGCAAAUCCCGGAAGAUCCGUCUGCAGAACUCAUUCUCCUGUGAAUCUCUGCUGUUCAUCUUCUUCUACUCGACCAAUCCUCAUUUAUCAAUCCCUGCAAAAAUGCGCGAAAUUGUGCAUUUGCAAGCCGGUCAGUGCGGAAACCAGAUCGGAGCCAAGUUCUGGGAGGUGAUCAGUGACGAGCACGGCAUCGAUCCCACCGGUGCCUACCAUGGAGACAGCGAUCUGCAGCUAGACAGGAUCAGCGUCUAUUACACUGAGGCCUCAGGUGGGAAGUAUGUUCCCCGAGCCAUCCUGGUGGAUCUGGAGCCCGGUACGAUGGACUCAGUCAGGUCCGGUCCCUUCGGGCAGAUCUUCAGACCCGACAACUUUGUCUUUGGUCAGAGCGGCGCUGGAAACAACUGGGCUAAGGGUCACUACACGGAGGGAGCCGAGCUGGUGGACUCCGUCAUGGACGUCGUGAGGAAAGAGGCCGAGAGCUGCGACUGCCUCCAGGGCUUCCAGCUCACUCACUCCCUGGGUGGCGGCACCGGCUCCGGCAUGGGCACCCUGCUCAUCAGCAAGAUCCGCGAGGAGUACCCCGACCGCAUCAUGAACACCUUCAGCGUGGUGCCUUCUCCCAAGGUGUCGGACACGGUGGUGGAGCCCUACAACGCCACGCUGUCAGUCCACCAGCUGGUGGAGAACACAGAUGAGACCUACUGCAUUGACAAUGAAGCUCUCUACGAUAUCUGCUUCCGCACACUUAAACUCACCACCCCCACCUACGGAGACCUCAACCACUUGGUGUCCGCCACCAUGAGCGGGGUGACCACGUGCCUGCGUUUCCCCGGCCAGCUCAACGCCGACCUCCGUAAACUAGCCGUCAACAUGGUGCCCUUCCCCCGUCUGCACUUCUUCAUGCCCGGCUUCGCCCCCCUCACCAGCCGAGGCAGCCAGCAGUACCGCGCCCUGUCCGUGCCCGAGCUCACCCAGCAGAUGUUCGACAGCAAGAACAUGAUGGCCGCCUGCGACCCGCGCCACGGCCGCUACCUCACCGUGGCCGCCGUGUUCAGGGGCCGCAUGUCCAUGAAGGAGGUGGACGAGCAGAUGUUGAACGUGCAGAACAAGAACAGCAGCUACUUCGUCGAGUGGAUCCCGAACAACGUGAAGACCGCCGUCUGCGACAUCCCGCCCCGUGGCCUCAAGAUGGCCGCCACUUUUAUCGGCAACAGCACGGCCAUCCAGGAGCUGUUCAAGCGCAUCUCCGAGCAGUUCACCGCCAUGUUCCGCCGCAAAGCCUUCCUCCACUGGUACACCGGCGAGGGCAUGGACGAGAUGGAGUUCACAGAGGCAGAGAGCAACAUGAACGACCUGGUGUCCGAGUACCAGCAGUACCAGGACGCCACCACCGAGGAGGGCGAGUUUGAGGAAGAGGGAGAGGAGGAAGUCGCCUAAAACCUCGACCUACCCAGCCGCCAUUUUACCUCACCCAUCCCCCAACUCUUCCAUCCCGCUCCAUCAUCUGCCACUCUGAACAUCACUCGCUCUGGUGUUAGACAUUGAUGUGUGCUUAUACUAGUGACGUUCUUGGUUUAAAUGUUUUUGUAUGUUGUUAAUGCACUGAAUUAUGGCCAUCCUUACAUCCGUCCUGUCACUGCCUCGAGGAAUUCAAAAGCAAGUGAAUUUAACUGUGAAGCCUUGAAAUUAAAGGGUGAAUAAAAUCUGAUUAAAAGGCCA